UUUCUGAGUUCAUUUGUCUGCACACUGAUUGUAGUAUUAGCAAAUGUCAUGUUCUAAUUAACUCAGAGAAUCUACUUGCUUCUAAAAUUGGUGCGAAGUAGUAAACUUUACAUGUUUGCCUGUUUGUUGACUGUUGGAUUUCCUCUCUUCCAAAUGUUUGAUAUUUACCCUCUUUUUUGCCAAAGGGGAAAAAUGGAACUUCUAGCAGUACAAUUUCACAAUUUUAACUUGGAAAAUUAAUUAAUUAAACGGGUCUGACUUAGGUCUGAAAAUAGUCAAGUUGAAGUCGCAAACCAAUUGCAUAGAUGGACUAUCUCUUAAUUUGUACGUUGCUAAAUUGAGCAUUUUAGCAAGUUAGACAUUUCUUUCAUUUGUGGAUCACUCAGAUAAACGGAGUUCACAAAAGUGGAGUAUCCUGUAGUUAUAGUAGAUUAAUAAACAUGUAUUCAAAGUUGAAUUAAUGAAAUUCAAAAGUUUAUGCAAGACUCAAUGAAGCUAUUCUAACAGAUGGAGUUAAAGUGUUGAUACAUGAAUGAGGGAAGUUAACAUCACAUAUGGAGUUUGAAUUGAGAUACUGAUAUAAAUUCCUCCCUUUGUAAUCUGUUUAUUAGCGUAUUAUGCUAAUUAAUAUACAAGAAUGCAUUUCUAGGCUGAGCUGACACCACAGAAUUGACAAUUAUUAGUUUUUGAUGGAGAUAUGGUAAUUACUGACCAUAGAGCACAUGUUAAGGUGUACGCACAAAUCACAUAUUGCAUCAAAAAAAGUAAUGGAAGGCUUGUUGGCAGUAUUUGGAGAGUAUGAGUUGGCGUACCAUGGCCUUAGUAGGGAGCAGAUGAUCAGCUCUCUAUGCAUUGGAUAUGCAGCUGCUCUCUUUGUCGGUACCUUUUUGGGAAUGCUCUCGGAUUUGAUUGGCCAGAGAAAAGUCAGCUUGUUAUUUUGCUUGCUGCAUCUUUUUGUUGCCAUAUGGAGGAGGGUUACUGGACAUCCAAGUGUUUGGCUCGCUAGCAUCUGUUUGUCUCUUGCCUCUACAAUAUUUUUCUUCAACUUCGAGACAUGGAUUGUUGUUGAGCAUGACAAGCUUGAGCAGAGGCAGGAUUCAGUAAAUGACAUGUUUUGGUUAAUGACUUUUGUUGAAUCUGCAUCUUUUAUUGGAAGCCAAGUGGUUGGUAACUGGUUAAUUGGUGGUCAUGAAAAGACAAGUUUGCUUGCUCCGUCCAGUGCAGUGGUAAUAAUGGCUUUUAGUGCUCUGGCUUAUGUCAGCCGAGGAUGGAAGGAAGAUCCAAAAUCAAUUAUUCUUAAAGAUUAUCAGACCAAAUUUCGUACAUAUAUACUCGGUGAUAAAAGGGUUUGGCUUUUGUCAUGGACCCAAGCUACCAUCCACUUCUCAAUUGCAGUUUUUUGGAUUACUUGGGCUUCAACCAUUGUGGCAGAUGGUAGAGAGGUUUUGCUAGGUUUCGUAUACCCCUGUGUACUUGGUGCGAAAAUGCUUGGAAGCACUGCAUUUUCCUGGUUCUCCAGUGGCCCUUUAUCACUCCGAACUGAGGAGUGCUUAGUAUAUGCCUGUAUUUUUAUGGGCUUCGUCACUUCCGUUGUAGCUUUUGAUUAUCAGGACGUUGAAAUUCUUUUGAUGCUAUUCUGCAUAUUUCAUGCUUGUGUGGGAUUGGUUUUGCCUUCACUCGCCAAAUUGAGAACCAUGUAUGUGCCUAAUGAUCUUCGUGGAGGAAUGAUGAGUUUAUCGAUCGCUCCUUCAAAUGCGCUUAUGUUGUUCCUUAUGAUUCAGAGAGGUUUCUACCAGAAUAUUGAAAAUUCAACAAUUAUAGCUAUGGCCUCUUUUGGUCUUUUUUCUGCAGCCGGAUGCAUGUAUAUGUUAAAGCGGCUUGGAAAGCAACCACACCAGAACUGGCACAAAUUAUGAACCUUUCCAUUUGUUCUAAACUCUUCUAUCCAUGUGGGUGUAUCCUGUAUAUAGCCGGCCAGUUAAAUUAAAGAUAAAGAAGCUGUAGCCUUGAACGUGAUGAUGGGGGUGCAACUUAAGCAACAUGCUCUGCAAAUGGAAAAUCAAUAAAGACCUGUAGCCGGUUUCAACAUUUAAUUAUUCUCACAUUGCUUAACUAACGAGGUCCAGUGGGAGAUCUCACUAUGGAGUUCAAUUUUGCUCUCAAGACACUUUGCGGAUUGAUGCCCCAACUAUGCUAAAUGAACACUUUGCUUCUAGUAUGUUUUGGGAAGAAGUGUAAUAUCAGAGAAGCAACAGAAUACAUGGUGGCUAAGUUUGCAUUAUUUAACAGCUCUUCAGUAUUCUGAUGGUCAGCGGAAAGUCUUGUUUCAUAUUCAGAAAUCACCAAAGAGUAAGAGGAAUUUUCUCUUCUUUCUUCAUGUAUUCUUUAAACAGGCAUACAUGAUCACUAGAUCAUUGUGGUAUGUCCUUCUAUUAUUUGGUUGGAUUGCAGAUAUUAUAAUUUGAAGAAUGAUUACGUAAAGAAUGAUCUUACCUA